CUGUUGUUGUCAGGGGAGACGAGGAGACGGAAGUGACGUCAGACGCAAGCUUACGCUCAACGUCGCCGUCAUUGUGCGGAGGAAGGCUGCGUGCUGUUUAUCGACACUGCAGAAAUGCCGGAGUUAGCGGUAGAAAAUGUGGUCGUUCACCCCCUGGUUCUGCUCAGCGUGGUGGAUCACUUUAACAGGAUAGGGAAAGUGGGCAACCAGAAGCGAGUAGUUGGUGUUCUUUUGGGUUCGUGGCAGAAAAAAGUUCUGGAUGUCUCCAAUAGUUUUGCAGUGCCAUUUGAUGAAGAUGACAGGGACGAUUCAGUGUGGUUUCUGGAUCACGACUACUUGGAGAACAUGUAUGGGAUGUUCAAGAAAGUUAAUGCCAGAGAAAGAAUAGUGGGAUGGUACCACACAGGACCAAAGUUGCACAAGAAUGACAUUGCCAUCAACGAGUUGAUCAAGCAGUACUGUACCAAUUCGGUCUUAGUGAUCAUCGACGUGAAGCCCAAAGAUCUCGGUCUGCCCACAGAAGCUUACAUCUCUGUGGAAGAGAUACACGAUGAUGGCACGCCAACAUCUAAGACUUUUGAGCACGUCACCAGUGAGAUUGGAGCUGAAGAAGCUGAGGAAGUGGGAGUAGAGCAUCUGCUGAGAGACAUCAAGGACACCACAGUGGGCACUUUGUCACAACGCAUCACAAACCAGGUUCACGGCCUGAAGGGGCUCAACUCCAAGCUGCUGGACAUCCGCUCUUACCUGGAGCGGGUGGCUGCAGGCAAACUGCCCAUCAACCAUCAGAUCAUCUACCAGCUGCAGGAUGUCUUCAACCUGCUGCCAGAUGUCAAUUUGCUGGAGUUCACAAAAGCCUUUUACCUCAAGACCAACGACCAGAUGCUGGUGGUUUACCUGGCUUCGCUCAUUCGCUCGGUGGUGGCUCUGCACAACCUGAUCAACAACAAGAUUUCCAACAGAGACGCAGAGAAAAAGGAAGGACAGGAAAAGGAGGAGGGCAAGAAAGAGAAGAAAGACGACAAGGAGAAAAAGGACGAGAAAGACAAAGACAAGGAGAAGGACAAAGCAGAUGGUGCCAAGAAAGAUGACAAGAAGAAAAAAUGAGUGUUGUCCCGCUCUCAGAUCACGCCGCCCUCUUCCGGAUGGCGCUCUACUUUGUGUCCACAGUCACCGCUCUCUAUGUGGGUCUCGGGCUAAAUGUAGAGCUCUAUAUGGGGAACAGUGUCAUUUGAGAUUUGGCCCGGUGGCCUCAGACGGCACUCAUAAAGACUGUUAUCGUAUAGGGAUGAUGAUGUUUGCUCUUCUGUGCUCUGGACUGUGAAAACAUGUUUCUGCUGUUUUCAUAGUUGCUCCUGGUAUUACUUUUUGUAAGAUGGAAGAAAAAUGUUUUGUUUCUGAUCACUCAUUAAAUUGGGAUCAUAUAAGAAGG